AUUAUUUAUGUACUGCAAUUUUGUUAUCGAUAGUUUUCUGAGAGGCUUGUAAGUUAGCAGCAAGCUUGUCCCUGAAUUUCCUAGUUAUUGAGAUUUUUAAUUUUGAGUUCUUCAUAUGUUUUUUAUACUUCAUCUCCUCUUAAAUUUUGCCUUUGCUUCCUUAUUUUUCAAUUUGAUGUUUAAAAUUCUAAAUCAAGACUUUGUAUUUAUGUUUCAGCCACCACGCCGCUUACCACCCUCCAGGAACCCUGCCAUGGGCCCAUCUGAAGUCAGACUAUCUGCAGAUUCAAUUCCACCCAGUUCUACAGUGACUUAUGGGUUGCCAAAUAAGACAACUGUUCAAUUUGCUCCUGGAGCAGCUUUGGAAAAAAAGGCUUCUUUGCAUGGAAUUGGAGAAGACGAGCCCUCUGUUAAUUCACCUGAUGAAAAUGAUACGUCUUCUAACAGUGACAAAGAUACUGAAAAGCCAGAAAGGUCCACCAUUAGAAAGGCUUAUAUACAUGCUCGAAAUAUGCCAAAGAGAAAUGACGAGGAGCUAGAACAACUCUCCAAAGAGUCAAAAUCUGUUUUCAUUCCUCUCUUUGAGAAGGCACUGACUGCCAGUGAUGCUGAACCAAAGAAUGGGCGCCUCAUUCUACCAAAGAGAUGUGCAGAGGCUUACCUCCCUAAAGUUACUGCUCAACAACGAGUCCCCAUCAAAGUACAGGACACAAGGGGAAAUGACUGGCAAUUUUACUAUAGGAUUUGGGCAAAUUCUAAUGGCAGGAUGUAUGUUCUGGAAGGGCUUAAAGAGUAUGUGAACAUGAUACAAUGGGAAGCAGGUGACACAGUUGUAUUUUACCGGAGAGAGCCAGAAGGAAAUUUGGUUAUAGGAGUCUCAAGGGCUCAAGCUGGUGAAUCAGGCCAGAAGAGUUCAGCUUGAGGAACCGAAACAAGAGUAUUACCCUUAAAAGACUGGUGUGAACCCUGUGCUUUUCAGGGAUGAUGUUGGAGGUCUUUUUCUGCUUGCACCUUGCUGUAAUCAGUCAAACUUUAGUAUGUUGAUGAGUCUGCUUGUGUUUCAAAAACUCAGUCAUCCUUUUCUCUGUUAUUAGCCAAACCUUCAAGAAAACACAUGCGAUUAAAUAAGCUAUGCUAAUAUGCAUUUGAUGAGAAAAUGAAAUGUUGAGAUUGUUUGAAGUAUUAUGUCCAUUUAAAGCUGAUUCCUUUCCUUUUUUGUAUUUUGUGUUACCUAAAAAGUGCGCAAUCAUUUUUGUAAACUUCGUCACUGCAAUUGUAUAAAUGCCUCGAUAUCCAGCUGAUAUUUCUUAUGCUAUCAUCUCUUUCUGAAAAUUGUUUGAAGAACUCUGGUCUCUUUGAUGGCUAUAGAAAUUAGCUUUUUAUGGAUGUUGAACUCAAUCUUUUUCUUCUGUUUGACAGUUUGUAUCUGCAAGACAAAGGACAUUUGGGUCUGUGGAUGAGCUCUGUUGCGAAGCCAGAUACAUCAGUCUGAGAUGAUGGAAGACCAAAUAAUGAAAGAUCAGUAUCAAGAUAGAUUCUUGUUGAAUUCCUGGUGUAUCAAGUAUAGCUAGCAACAACUUUGCAGGAUGUGUUGAAGUCUUGGUGUAUCAGAUAAUCACUAUGAACUACUUUGCUGGAUGUGGGGGGAAUGGGGAGUUAAAGUGGAGUGGCUGGAUUCAUUUCCAACUUAUGUAUCAUUUCUUCUCUUGGUAUGUUAUUUUUCCUUUUCUGUUGCAUUCCUUUUGCAGAAUUGUGCAUUGAAUCAAGAUCUGUUAAUAUAGGUUGUCUGUGGACCUGAUUGCAAUACUUGGAAUGAAAUGACAGCUUCAGCACUUCCUUUGCAGUUCCCAAGUAUUUCAGAGUUUAAUCAAACGUUCUAACACUUAAAUCAAGCUCCCUAUUAUCCUUGGUGCAGGAGGCAAAAGUAUGUUGCUGCUUUAUACAUGGUGAUGAUAGAUUCAAAAAACAGUUUCAUGAACGUUAUAAUGUUCUGGUUGCAUGUAAGUUUAGUAGCUGAUCUUCUUCUGCAAAGGAAGCUUUAGCCAACAUGCAUGUGGGGGUACAAAAACCAUUGUGGAGGAACAAGUUCGAGAAAUUUCCCCAUAAACUGUUUUUAUACUUUUAUGUACUAGUUGAAUGGAUCCAGUCUGUCUAUUACUCUUAACUGGAGAACGAUUCCGUUGAACUUGAAAUCCCUUGCUGGGAAGGGUUACUGAUGGGUGGAUGGAAAGAACAGUGUUGCAGUUGAGUCAUUAUUUAUUCAGUUUUGAACUUUAAUUUCUACAGGGUGUAAGCUGUCGGAUACCAACUUUGUCAUUU